ACCCUUUUCAUUCCUCAUCCCAGCCCUUGAGGAUACCUAAUUUCUUCCCUCUCCCAUCGACCACCCAUACGCUCAGCCUCCGCCUGUACACGUACACGACAAGAGAACCACUAGCAAAACCUUGCUGAAAUACCGCCUCUACCGCACUUGUCCCCGUAUACGUUCUAGAUGGAUCUUGUCUCGAGCAUCCGCAAGACGGGUUCCCGCGGCGGGGUCAACUUCAAUUGGGACGAUGUCGCAGGCUCGAGCCAUCGAGAAAAUUAUCUCGGCCACAGCCUGAAAGCCCCCGUCGGCCGCUGGCAAAAAGGACGGGACCUUACCUGGUACGCAAAACCCGACGGACAAGACAAAUCGACGACGGAAACGGAGCAAGAGAAGGCCGAAAGAGAGCGGAAAGAGGAACUGAAAAAGAUCAAGGAAGCAGAAGAGGACGCGUUAGCUCGCGCAUUAGGGUUACCAGUCGCCCCUCGAAAAGCUACAGGCGCAAAUGCUGUGGAUGUUAGCGAAGGGAGAGGGGUGACGAACGGCGAUGAUUUAAACUCUCCCACAAGAGGAGACAAGGGACCGACUCACGGUGACCGAAAGGCAGUCAAGAGGCGAAAUGAUGUUGAAACACAUCACCGGAGGAGACACAGGAGUCGAAGUCGUAGCCCGGGGAGGCGUCGAGAUAGGUCACCGAAGAGGCGGGACGAGGGCAAUUACCAGCGCAGACCGAAGGACGACAGAGAUGACAGGCGCCGCCAUCGAAGCCCCGAGAAGGACGAUCGGCGACAUCGAAGGCCCCAUCAACGGGAGCGUAGCCGGAGUCGCAGCCCUCGAAGAUCGGGGAGAAGAAGGGAUGAUAGGGAGGACAAUAAUAACUACAGACCGGGAUUAGGAGAUAGACGGCCACGGCGGAGCAGCAGCCCUCCAAAAGAUCGGAGACGGAGGUCUCCUGGGGAUUCUCGUUGAUACGGUGCAGGAAAAAUCUGCGCGGAUAUUGCCGUCUGAUUAUUUGCCCUUAGGCAGGAUACUGCAUAGGACGAUUGGCAAGGCAGAGCACACGGCCCGGGAUGGUGCAACUACGUUAAGGGUUAAGCACUGGGAAUACCUGCAGUGUUUGCGCCCACAACAUGCGGUAGAGGAUAUAUCUGUAUAUGUAGGUGUUGUUAUAGGUAUGUCAGCAGCGUGGAAACCUCGACGAGACCAUUCCUAAGUUUACCCAGGCAUGUCUAACCUUCUCGGCCGGAAUCCAACCGUAAGUUGGCAGCAGGUUGGUUGACUUGGUGGUUCUAGCAUCCGUACUCCUCUAAAGAAUGUUGUUGUCCCCGGCACGGGCUCUCUAUUCACGGGAGUCUUCCAUGCCUUGGUGAGUUACCUCUAUCUUGCCCUGGCCUGUUUGCAGCCGGGGUUACCCGUUCGCUUCGGACGUCUAACAUGAGGCCGUACACAUUACGUUUCCCUUGUUUUGUCUUCGGUAGUUUAGGUACCUAUUUUCGUCAAAUUACGGCUGUACACAUCUGUGUUGAGGUCAGCUUCAGGAAUACUUGCCCGAGUUGCUGCACAUUGAGAUAGUAUUGCGUAAACCGUAGACGUCUGCAUUGUAUGACUUGCGUACCUAUGUAGGCUUAUAUGGUCUGGUUCAA